GCGGUGUCCCUAGCUCAGCCCCAGCCCGGGUCCUCUCGCCCGCGCUAGCCGGGUCUGCGCACGUUGCGGCGGCUUCUUCCUGGCCUGGACCUCCAACCGAGAACGAGUUAACUCACUGGGGCGUGGGGGAGCCAGAGGAGGAAGGAAGGAAAUUGCGGCAGUUCUGAAAGUUUUUUCCUUCCUCUCCUUUCGCGGCAGAGGUGAGUGCAGGGAGGCGGCGGCGGCGCUCUGCUCCUGGGCUCGGCCCGGCUGCCUGGCGACAGGGACAGCGGUCGCGCUCCGACCUCCUUGCGGACCUGUUCCUAGUGGGCUCGCCGAGUCAUGGAGGGCGCAGAACUGGCCGGGAAGAUCCUUUCCACCUGGCUGACCCUGGUGCUCGGCCUCAUCCUUCUGCCGUCGGCCUUCGGAGUGUCCCUGGGCAUCUCCGAGAUCUACAUGAAGAUCCUGGUGAAAACUUUAGAGUGGGCAACAUUACGAAUUGAAAAAGGAGUCCCAAAGGAAUCAGUUCUUAAAAACUCAGCCUCUGUGGGUAUUAUCCAAAGAGAUGAGUCGCCCAUGGAGAAAGGGCUGUCUGGUCUUCGAGGAAGGGACUUUGAGCUGUCUGAUGUAUUUUAUUUCUCCAAGAAGGGAUUGGAAGCCAUUGUGGAAGAUGAAGUGACCCAGAGGUUCUCCUCAGAGGAGCUAGUGUCAUGGAACCUCCUCACAAGAACCAAUACAAAUUUCCAUUACAUCAGUCCGCGGCUCACCAUGGUGUGGGUGCUGGGUGUUGUAGUACGCUAUUGUGUCCUACUGCCUCUGAGGGUUACCUUGGCUUUCAUUGGAAUCAGUUUGCUGGUUAUAGGAACUACACUGGUGGGGCAGCUACCAGACAGCAGCCUCAAAAACUGGCUGAGUGAGCUGGUCCAUCUCACCUGCUGCCGGAUCUGUGUGCGAGCCCUCUCUGGCACCAUUCAUUAUCACAACAAACAGUACAGACCCCAGAAGGGUGGCAUCUGUGUUGCCAAUCACACCUCCCCAAUAGAUGUCCUGAUCUUGGCAACAGAUGGAUGCUAUGCUAUGGUUGGCCAGGUCCAUGGUGGAUUGAUGGGAAUUAUUCAGAGAGCCAUGGUCAAGGCUUGUCCACAUGUCUGGUUUGAACGCUCAGAAAUGAGGGACCGACACCUGGUUACUAAGAGACUAAAAGAGCAUAUUGCUGAUAAGAAAAAAUUGCCCAUAUUAAUCUUUCCUGAAGGAACCUGCAUCAAUAACACGUCAGUCAUGAUGUUUAAAAAGGGAAGCUUCGAGAUUGGAGGCACCAUACAUCCGGUUGCAAUCAAGUACAACCCUCAGUUUGGUGAUGCCUUUUGGAACAGUAGCAAAUACAACAUGGUGAGCUACCUGCUUCGAAUGAUGACCAGCUGGGCCAUCGUCUGUGAUGUGUGGUACAUGCCUCCCAUGACCAGAGAGGAAGGAGAAGAUGCAGUCCAGUUUGCUAAUAGGGUUAAGUCUGCUAUUGCUAUACAAGGAGGAUUGACAGAACUUCCCUGGGAUGGAGGCCUGAAGAGAGCUAAGGUGAAGGACACCUUUAAGGAAGAGCAGCAGAAGAAUUACAGCAAAAUGAUUGUGGGCAAUGGGUCUCUCAACUCGGAGUUGGACUGCUAGAUAGAUUUGGCCUCCCAGAACUAACCCUUAGAAAUCGAAUGGGUUUUUGGGGUUUUGUUUUCUUUUAUUGUUUUAUUUUAUUUUAUUUUAUUUUUAUGAAUCUUUUCUACAGGAUGAUUGUCUCUACCUCUUCAUGCCAGAGGCAGAACUCACAGGUGCCCUUUUUCGUUGUUGUGAUAGCAUUUGCCCAUGAAUUGUAAGAUGGUUGACUGAGCCAAAACAGAUGCUGCCUUUUGUAAAAUGAUUGUGUCAUUAUGAUUGAAUGAAAUGUUCGUGUAGGAAAAAGUGCUUCUAAAGUGUUUGGAAAUCCUUAAAAAAAAUACCUAAAAUUCUCUUUUCAUAAUUUACUUUCUCCCUUCAAUCACUGAAAUGAUGGAAUGGCACAUCCGUUGGAGGCCCCUUACGGUUGGAUUCUACUGUAAGGUUGACAUGAAGAAUGGAGGAUUGCAUUUGGGAGAAGAGACAGCUUGAUGGUCACUUGAUCUGAAAGUAAAAAAGAAAUAAAAAGUAUUUUUAAAAAUGUGUUGGAAGAGAACUACUGUGGGUAAACUUCACCAAAGAAAAGUGAGCGAAGGUUAAUAUGUAUGCACAUGUGUAUAGACAAUUUAGAAAUAAACACGUCGUAGCCAGCAGCUAGUGACAAAGAGCUUAGUUAGUCUUCCUCAUUCCUGGGCUAAAACUCUAUUCCUAGUUCUUCUACCAUCUACUGAUUUCUUUGUUUUUGUCACCAAACACAUUUUCAAGUAGAAGGAGCCUUUAAAAAACAAUAUCACAUUGAGAAUGUUCAGUAUGAAUGAAUGGAAGUGUGUGGAGACCCUCUCCCCACCCCUCUAUCCCUUCGUGGUUUAUUCUCGAACUUUCCCAGUCUCUUAAAUAGAAAAAUAAGUGAUAUAAUUACCUUUUGGAAACUGAGCCUUAAAUUUUUUAAAGAGGGAAAUAGCAUUCCCUGACUCACACCACAUAAGCAAUGUUUGAUAGCAGUGUAAUGCCGUCGUAAACCCUUGAGAGUAUUAUAUUUCUUCUGGUAACCAUGUACAGAAUGUGAAACUGUCUUACCAUGAAUAUAAAUAAAUUCUAUAUUUCUAAA